AUGGCCAUGAAAUUCCUGGAAUGUCGGUGCAAACUUCACAAUAUCUUGCUGUCCAAGAUAAUCCAGAACGAAUAUUACCACGUUUUCACAAUCAGUAACGACAUUUCCCUUCUCCAACUGUCCUCCCCUCUGACCUUCAACAGCUUUGUUGGAUCUGUCGGUCUGCAGACUGUAAAGGAGUACAUGGGAGACUGCGUUGUGUCCGGCUGGGGUACAACCUCGGAGGGAGGCAGCAGUGCCUCUGUCCUUCAGUAUGUCGAUGUCCCCGCUGUCAGUGACGCUGACUGUCGCGCCGCUUACGGAGAAAAUGACAUCGAAGACUCCAUGAUCUGCGCUGGACUACCCGAGGGAGGAGUGGACGCCUGCCAGGGUGACUCUGGUGGACCUAUGGUGUGUGGCGGCCUCCUGACCGGCAUCGUGUCCUGGGGCUAUGGCUGUGCACGCCCUGACUACCCCGGCGUGUACGCUGAGGUGGCCUACUUCACGGACUGGGUCGCAGCUAAUGCUGUAUAAAUUCCAUUUUUCUCUGUGGCUGCUGUGCUGCCAGACACAAUAAACACGUCACACAGAA